UUGAGUCCCAUCACAGCGAUUAACAUGCAUUUUGCGCAGCCUACUCGCAUAAGGACUGUGAUUCACUGGUUUAAGCGUAGCAUGCAUGGAGUUCUAACAACGCUGUGAAAACUCAAAUCUAGACGUUUUCCGAGAGACUUAGGCUACACAAAAACUUCUUGAGGAAAAGCAGGAGUUUCGAACAUCAACAAUGCUGGACACUACAUGUACGUCUAUGGCAUUUUACACUGAGCGCAAGGGCCAGUGGUUGCGCAGCGCACUGUGCCACCACUACAGCCCAGACCCUUGCGUAGAGAACGAGAUCCUGGUCCUGUCUACUGGCAUCGACCAGUACUUGCAGGAGAUCUUCCAUCAUCUAGUGUUCCACAACUCCGAAGACGUUAUCUCCAAAGAGGACUUCAGUAUGCUUUGCAUGAUAUUGGGAAUUCCAACAGCAAAUAAUCACCAGGACAAAAAAGAAGGUGAGGAGGGAAGAGAUAUUUUGGCAGACCUACCUUGCGAGCUAAACUUUAGAGAAUUUCACGCUCGCUUGUGCGGUCAUUUUUCCUUAAAUACCAAAGGCGGGAAGUCUGCUAUGCGUCUCCCAGUCACUGAAGAAACCGAGCACAUAGAACGUGAGAUCCGUGUUCGAUGGCCACGAGUUCGCCGACGGAAAUGUGUGAGUUUUGACCUGUCUAGAGAACAAAGAGAUACAAUGAAAAGAAAGCAAGAGCACUCGUCUUUGGCGGAAAACAGAACUUCUGCUGACUGGAGCAGAGAGACAGUGACCGCUUCUAGUCCGCAGAGGGUCCUGCAAGAGCAGCUCACCAUGGAGAACGCCAGCCUGAGGGAGCUGGUGGAGGACCUCCGCUCUGCCCUGCAGGCCAGCGAUGCCCGCUGCAUCGCGCUGGAGGUGGCACUGCGCCGGGCCUCCGAGGGGGAGGACAGAUUUGAGACUGCCGCAGCCAAAGCCAUGCCCCCGAGCCAGAACAGCAGCCGGAGCGGUGGCGGCCGUCGCUGGGGUCAGCGGAAUUGUGUGGACCUGCAGCGGGAGCUGGAUCUGAUUCGCUCGUCGCGCGAUGGACAGCUGCAGGAAGCCAUGCGCUACAGCCAGCAGCUGGAGGCGGAGCUGAGCACGGCCCACCGACAGGCGGAGUUGCUGGAGGAGGCAGCAGGCCGGCUGAGGAAGGAGCGCGCUCAGAUGAGGAGCAGGAUGGAGGAGGCGCGGGCGGCACUGGCCUCUGGCCUGAAGAGGGUGGAGGAGCUGCAGGGGCAGGCCAGCCAGGUAGCGCCACUGCAGGAGCGCGUCCAACAGCUUCAGACAGAGCUGAACCACUUCAGGUACAUUUGUUCCUGCAAAGCUGCAAGCGAAGCAGGAGUGGACUCUGAGGGUGAGAGUCCAGCUGCGCUAAUCUCUGGCCAGUCCACUCCACAUGUCCAUCCUGGGAGUGAGGACAGCAGCAUCCGAGGAGGAGAAGAGUGUCUACAGAGGGCUGUGGAGGGCCGGGCGGCCUCGGACGAGGAGGCGGAGGAGGAGGAGAGGGGGGAGGAUGAAAGCAAGUGUUGCCUUCUGGAGUCAAAGAGGCUUAUUCAGCGUCUGCAGCACUGCACAAAAGGGUGCCAGAAUGCCGCCGUGCGCCAGAUUUUCUUGUUGCACAAUCUUCACCACGGUGAUGGGGAGUGUGGAAGUGCAGCGAAGGGAUGGAGCGGCACGCUUCAGAGCCACGAGUGGAAGAGAUCACGAGAGCUGGAGAAGGAGUUAGAGCGGUGUCAGGAGGAGGUGUUGGUGCUGCAGGGGGAGGUGCAGCAGGUGGAGACGGAGCGCGUGCGUCUCUCAGUGCUGGAAGAGCGUCUCACCGACGCCCUUGAGCUGCUGCUGCAGCUGCGCUCAAAGAGAGUGUCCCGAAGGAUGCUGGGUAAGAUCCUGAUGAGCUCUUUGGAUGUCUUCAGCCAAAAAGAUCAAGGUCCCUCAGCCGUCCUGCAGGUGGUGGACACCCUCUGCCAGCAACUCCUAUCCAGUGACCUCCUGAUCACAGGGGCGGAUGGAGGAGGGGGGAGUGGGGCACCAGCACCCUGGCCCAGAGUGACAUCCUCCAGCCAGAGUGCCACCAACCCCCUGCUCAUCUCCUGCUGAGGGGCAGGCCGUCCUACAGCUGCCUCUAACCCACUUGGGAUGAUAGGCCUUUCAUCAGACUGACAUUUGGGAGACUUUUUCUGUGCCGGUUCAGUUGUGAAAUCACCAGUUGGGGCGAACAUCCUGUACCUAAACGGUUUGGUAUGAAUACGUGUGCCUUUACACCCCUAUGAUGUACAGUGCCUGCUUUCACAAAAUACGCUGGCACAGACUUUUGAAGAGUUUUGGAUAUAGCUUCACAUAAUGUUGGGAUAAUCUGAAUGACUGGCUCAGACACAAACUAUUCAUGAACAUAUCAUCAAUAUAAGCUAGCAUUUUCUUAACUUUACCACUAGUUUACCUCCUUUCUAAACUGGUGGCAUAACACAAAGCAUUUGAGACUGAUCUCAAAAACUAGCUCGGUUUCCAGUACAGCUUUGUGUAACACUUGAUUAAAAUAUGUGAUUAAAUAUGAGUUUAUCUUCUCAUGAUAGUCAUUCCAGAUACAUGUGACAAUGGAUCUCACAAAAGUUUUGGCAGUUUAACUAAAUUGCAUCCACCUAAAGCUGUGGUAGUUAUAAAUAGAGGGUGACAGAAUGAGAAGGGAGGAAAGAAUUAUCGAAAGCUAAUCCCUAAACCCUAAUCAGGACAAACUCAUUAUUUUUUCCAGAAUACCAAAGGGUGUUACUCUUAAACUUUAACCUGCCAUCAAAUUCAACACCGAUGUCAGGGAGUGGUUCAGAUAAUAUUUUAACUCUAAUAUUAAUAACACUUCCUCAAAUAUGUAAACAAAUUGUGGUUGGUGGAAUUUGAUUGUAACUAACAAUCAAAUGCCACGUCCAAACCAUUAAGUUUAGAGAAAGUCCUCUAUAUAGCAACGCUUUUUGGGCACUCAUCGGGUAUCCUUUUCAGCAGAAAUACGUGUGCGCAAGGCUUCACGACACCAAUCUUGCUCCAGCGGCGAGUUCACAACACAUGAUUGGCAAGAUGU